AUGGGCAAAAGAAAGUCGUCGAGUAAGAAGCCUUCAGGCGCGAAGAAGCCAGCUCCGCUGGACACAGUCUUCACAUGUCUCUUCUGUAACCACGAGAAAGCAGUAUCAUGCAAGAUCGAUGACAAAGCAAGAAUCGGCUACCUAUCGUGCAAGAUCUGCGGUCAAAAGUUUUCCGCCGACACGACUCCCUUGGACCAACCGAUUGAUGUUUACUCGCUCUGGAUCGACGCUUGCGAGGACGUGGCAAACGAGCAAGAGCGAUGA